CCCCGUGCACCGCGGCGCGUUCCUCCGGCCAGGACCGUCCGGUUGGCACGUGCCGCCUGAGCUCACCCGGGGGCUGCCCAGGCGGGCCGUCAGAGCUCGCCGCCAAGACGGUGAUUCACCCUGCCUUAUGUAAAUCCCUGGGAAUCUCUCCGAGCCACAGAGGAUAUGACUCCAGCCCGGUUAGGAGAACCAUCUGUAGCAAACAACUUUGAACCAACACCCCCUUUCCUGAGCGCGCUCACCACACUGGUCCCUGAGGGCUGUGCGCUUUGAGCCACUUUUGCGUUCAGUCCACCUAGAGAGCUCUUGGAUAAGAAUCGGCUCUCCCUCUCACUUCCCUGAAUGAGCCUGUGUCCCAGAUCCAAAUCAAGAUUCUCAGAGUACACAGUCAUUAAUGAAGCCUGCCCUGGAGCCGAGUGGAAUAUCAUGUGUCGGGAGUGUUGUGAAUAUGAUCAGAUUGAGUGCGUCUGCCCUGGAAAGAAGGAAGUGGUGGGUUAUACCAUCCCUUGCUGCAGAAACGAGGAGAAUGAGUGUGACUCCUGCCUGAUUCACCCAGGUUGUACCAUCUUUGAGAACUGCAAGACGUGCCGAAACGGCUCGUGGGGGGGUACCCUGGACGACUUCUACGUGAAGGGCAUCUACUGUGCCGAGUGCCGCGCGGGCUGGUACGGAGGAGACUGCAUGCGAUGUGGCCAGGUUCUCCGAGUCCCAAAAGGUCAGAUUUUGCUGGAGAGCUACCCCCUAAAUGCUCACUGCGAAUGGACCAUUCACGCCAAGCCUGGGUUUAUCAUCCAGCUAAGGUUCGUCAUGUUGAGCCUGGAGUUUGACUACAUGUGUCAGUAUGACUAUGUGGAGGUCCGUGACGGGGACAACAGUGACGGCCAGAUCAUCAAGCGUUUCUGUGGCAACGAGCGGCCAGCUCCCAUCCGAAGCACUGGCUCCUCGCUCCACGUCCUCUUCCAUUCAGAUGGCUCCAAGAACUUCGAUGGCUUCCAUGCCAUCUUUGAGGAGAUCACAGCGUGUUCCUCGUCCCCUUGUUUCCAUGAUGGCACUUGUCUCCUGGACAGCACCGGUUCAUACAGGUGUGCCUGCCUGGCAGGCUUCACCGGGCAGCACUGCGAAAAUCUCCUCGAAGAAAGAAACUGCUCAGACCCUGGGGGCCCAGUCAAUGGGUACAAGGAGAUUACAGGAGGCCCUGGGCUUAUCAAUGGGCGCUAUGCAAAAAUUGGCACCGUCAUGUCCUUCUUUUGUAACAACUCCUAUGUUCUUAGCGGCAAUGAGAUGAGAACUUGCCAGCAGAAUGGAGAGUGGUCUGGGAAACAGCCCAUCUGCAUAAAAGCCUGCCGAGAACCAAAGAUCUCAGACCUGGUGAGACGGAGAGUUCUUCCUAUGCAGGUUCAGUCAAGGGAGACGCCUUUACACCAGCUGUACUCCUCAGCCUUCAGCAAGCAGAAAUUGCAGGACACCCUUACCAAGAAGCCAGCCCUUCCCUUUGGAGACCUGCCCCCUGGGUACCAACAUCUGCACACCCAGCUCCAAUAUGAAUGCAUCUCCCCCUUCUACCGCCGCCUGGGCAGCAGCCGGAGGACAUGUCUGAGGACUGGAAAGUGGAGUGGUCGUGCCCCAUCCUGCGUCCCAAUUUGCGGGAAAACUGAGAACGUCACUGCCCCAAAGACCCAGGGGACGCGCUGGCCGUGGCAGGCCGCCAUCUACAGGAGGGCCAGUGGGGUGCACGGGGGCGGCCUCCACAAGGAUGCGUGGUUCCUGGUCUGCAGCGGCGCCCUGGUCAAUGAGCGCACUGUGGUGGCGGCUGCCCACUGCGUCACUGAGCUGGGGAGGGUGACCGUGAUCAAGACAGCGGACCUCAAAAUCGUCCUGGGGAAAUUCUACCGUGAUGACCACCGGGAUGAGAAGAGCAUCCAGAGCUUGCGGAUUUCUGCCAUCAUCCUGCAUCCCAACUAUGACCCCAUCCUGCUGGAUGCCGACAUCGCCGUCCUGAAGCUCCUGGACAAGGCUCGCAUCAGCAGCCGCGUCCAGCCCAUCUGCCUGGCGGCCCCUCGGGACCUCAGCACCUCCUUCCAGGAGUCCCGCAUCACCGUGGCCGGAUGGAACGUCCUGGCAGACGCAAGGAGCCCCGGCUUCAAGAAUGACACACUGCGCUCAGGGGUGGUCAGGGUGGCGGACUCGCUGCUGUGUGAGGAGCAGCACGAGGACCACGGCAUCCCAGUGAGUGUCACGGACAACAUGUUCUGUGCCAGCUGGGACCCCACUGCCCCUUCGAACAUCUGCACAGCAGAGACGGGCGGCAUCGCGGCUGUGUCCUUCCCGGGACGGGCGUCCCCUGAGCCCCGCUGGCAUCUGGUGGGACUGGUCAGCUGGAGCUACGACAAAACAUGCACCCACAGCCUUUACACAGCCUUCACCAAAGUGCUGCCUUUUAAAGACUGGAUAGAGAGAAACAUGAAAUGAGCCGCAGACCCACGGGGUGGCUUUUCCUUGCAUCUAUCCGUAUGUGUGUGUUGCCCCAGGCAGUUUGGACCCGAAGUCUGCUUCUGCCCGUGAAUUUGGCUGCAUCAGGGCUUCUGAUUUCAAAACCAGUGGAAGGUGCAUAGAGCUUACUUUCUGGUAAGCCACUGCCUCCCUGCCUGCUGGGACCAUUUGGAAGACACCAGAGCCACUUGCAAGAAUUCAGUGUCUUCAAAAUAGAUGAUAUGAACAGUGAAAAAAACCCUCCCGGUUCAACGGACCCAGUGGCCUUCUCCAUGCCUCCUUCAGCGGUGUGACUGCGACUGCCAUGGCCAACUCUGGUCAAGACUGGCUUCAUCAGGUCUCUUCCCAGGCUCCAGCCAGACCGAGUUCCCAAGAGCUGCCUGUAGGACAGCCCCAGAAGGUAGAGCCUGGCUAUGAUGUUGGUGUCAGCCCACACUGUCACUGCCACAACACGACGUGGUCCUUGCCCUCUCCAAUCCCCUGUACACGUUUUAAUAAAACAAGGGUUGGCUUUGGACCCACAGAACAAA